UGUCAAAGUCACAUAACCUCAAUUUUGACACACAUGAUUCAAGAAUUUGUAAAUAACUUUGUUUCACAUUAUAAUUAUAUAAACUUUAUUCAUAUUCGAAUCGAAUUGAAAUAAUUUAAAUCUUACUAUUUUUCAGCUAUGAGUGAUUCUCAACCAACUGGCCCGAGGCCUCAAUUCGGGAAUCGUUAUUUGACUGAGGAAGCUAAUGUAUUUGAACACAAUGCUUGGGAUGACGUAGAGUGGGAUGAAAUCCAAGAAAUUGAGGCAUCAAAAAAAGUGAAAGAAAACAGUGAUGUGAAACUGAAUCAAAAUGACAUAGAAAAAUAUGAAAAAGAAGCUGACAAAUUCUGGGAUGCCUUCUAUGAUAUCCACACCAACAGGUUCUUCAAGGACCGACACUGGCUUUUCACAGAAUUCCCAGAACUGGAGGACUCAGAUGGAGCCAAAAAGACAAUUUUUGAAAUAGGUUGUGGUGUUGGAAAUACCAUUUUUCCAAUUUUGCAGUACUCUACAAAUGAGAAUCUUCAAGUUUAUGGCUCAGAUUUUUCUGAGAAGGCAAUUGACAUUCUGAAGGCUGCUCCAGAAUAUGAUGAAAAGAGGUGCAAAGCAUUCAUUUUAGAUGCCACUUCAGAAGAUUGGGCAGUGCCUUUUGAAGAAAACAGUAUAGACAUCAUUGUUUUGAUUUUUGUGCUGUCAGCAAUUUGUCCAGAAAAAUACCAGAAUGUCGUUCAACAAAUCCACAAGUAUUUGAAACCAGGAGGCUUAUUAUUAUUCAGGGAUUAUGGUAGAUAUGAUAUGGCACAGCUGAGAUUCAAACCAGGAAGAAGUUUAGGGGACAAUUUUUAUGUGCGAGGUGACGGCACUAGGGUCCAUUUUUUCACACAAGAAGAAAUAACUAGUUUAUUUAAAGAAAAAGGAUUCCAGGAAAUAGAAAACAGGGCUGAUAGGAGAUUGCAGGUCAACAGAGGUAGACUAUUGAAAAUGUAUAGAGUUUGGAUUCAAGCAAAAUAUCGUAAAAUGUAAUAUAUAAAUAUACAAAAAACAAAACUA